UGAUGAUGAUGAUGAUGAUGAUGGAGGCUGAAGCUGAAGCUGAGGCUGAAGCUGGACGGACUCACAGGAAGGACUUCCUGCCUCACCUGUCAGUUUUUCUGCUGCUUUUAUACUCAGGUGUUCAGCUCACCUGGCUGACAGGAAGCUCUGAGCUGCAGCUGCUGGUCACACGGAGGGAUGUGGAGAACGGCUCAGAGUGUGUCGCCCCUCAGGCCUCAGAGUUUCCUGAUGGUUUCUUCACGCUGCAGGACAGGAAGGACGGAGGCCUGGUUCUUUACUUCCUGCUCAUCUUCUACAUGUUCCUGUGUGUUUCUGUUGUUUGUGACGACUACUUCCUGCCGUCUCUGGAGGUCAUCAGUGAGCGUCUGGGUCUGUCUCAGGACGUAGCAGGAGCCACCUUCAUGGCAGCAGGAAGUUCUGCACCUGAGCUGGUCACAGUCUUUCUGGGUGUGUUUGUGACGAAGGGGGACAUCGGGGUCAGCACCAUCGUGGGAUCAGCUGUUUACAACCUGCUGGGGAUCUGCGCCGCCUGUGGACUCCUGGCCUCCACGGUGGGCCGGCUCACCUGCUGGCCUCUGUUCAGGGACUGCCUGGCGUACGGGGUCAGCGUGGCCRCCGUCAUCGCCAUCAUCUCUGACAACCAGGUGUUCUGGUACGAGGCGGCCUCCCUGCUGCUGGUCUACGGGGUCUACAUCGUGGUUCUGUGCUUCGACCUGCGGAUCAGCGAGUUUGUUCUGAGGAAGCUGAGCCCGUGCUGCACCUGUCUGGACUCAGGUGCAGGUGAGAAGCUGGAGGCGCAGCUUCUGAUUGGCUGGAAACACGACACCAGCCUGAGGGUCCGCGGGCGGUCCAGAACCGACAGCGGCAUCUUCCAGGACGACUCGGGCUACUCCCACCUGUCCCUCAGCCUGCACGGUCUCAACGAGGUCUCUGAAGAGCAGAGGAGCGUGUUCUCUGUCCCAGAGAACGACCUGAAGAGGAUCUUCUGGGUCCUGUCCCUGCCCGUCAUCACCCUGCUCUUCCUGACGGUCCCGGACUGCAGGAGGCGGUUCUGGAAGCGCUGGUUCAUGGUGACCUUCCUCAUGUCCGCCGUCUGGAUCUCAGCCUUCACCUACCUGCUGGUCUGGAUGGUGACCGUCGUGGGUGAGACUCUGGGAGUCCCGGACACCGUGAUGGGCCUGACCCUGCUGGCUGCUGGGACCAGUAUACCUGACACCGUGGCCAGUGUGAUGGUGGCCAGAGAAGGUAAAGCAGACAUGGCCAUGUCCAACGCAGUGGGCUCCAACGUGUUCGACAUGCUGUGUCUGGGUCUGCCCUGGUUCAUCAGGACCGCCUUCGUGGACACCAACACCCCGGUGGAGGUCAACAGCUCCGGACUGGUCUUUGUUUCUGCCACUCUGCUGUUGUCCAUCGUCCUGCUCUUCACAGCCGUGCACGUGAACGGCUGGAAGCUGGACUGGAAGCUGGGAAUCGUUUGUUUAGUUUGUUACGUCCUGUUUUCCACGCUGUCCAUCCUGUAUGAGCUGGGGAUCAUCGGAAACAAUCCCAUAAAACUGUGCGGCAACUGAAAGCUGAGCGCAGAGGACUGACGCAACGUUUGUAAAGGAAACUUGAAAAACUCAAGAGUGACUCCAAACAACAAACUGAAUUUACUGCAGUGAUGUUUGUGUCCAUCUUCAGAGUAACUCUGAACUCAGCCGCCAUCUUUAAAUACCCACAAUUCAUCUGGGUGACUGUUUAAACCAAGACCAUUAAAAACACCUGACAAAGUGCACAAACACAAUAACCAGUACACAAAGACUGAGAGUCAAACUGCUCAACCAGUGCUCACUACAUCCUUGUAGCAGGAGCCUGUAUCUGCCCCAGUCCAGCUACUGGUCUGAUUAAAGAUAGGCCAACACCACUGAGAGGCCUGAGCUGGCAAAUGAGAGAGUUAUCAUUAGAGGCUAGCUACUAGCAAGGAUAAGCUAGCAUUAGCAUUGGAGAGGUUAGCAACUAGCAUGCUCACCUACUUUAUUAGACACAAACUUUCUUGAAAAAAGACAACUUCCUCUAACAAGUCCCAACUUGAUAGUUCUGGCUUUUCUUAUCCAUGCUAGUCACUAGCCUCUCUGAUGCUAGCACCAGCUGAUCCAUGCUAGCCUCUCUGAUGCUAACACCAGGUAAUCCAUGCUAGUAGCUAGCAUCUCUGAUGCUAACUCCAGCUAGUCCAUACUAGUCACUAACCUAUCUGAUGCUAACUCCAGCUAAUCCAUGCUAGUCACUAGCCUAUCUGACACUAAUUCCAGCUAAUCCAUGCUAGUCACUAGCCUAUCUGACACUAAUUCCAGCUAAUCCAUGCUAGUCACUAGCCUAUCUGAAG